UCACCGCCCCUUUCCCUCCAGCCAUUUCCCGCUUGUCUUCGGCGGUGUGUUCAUUUGGACGCUCCGGGGAGGAAUUUUUUUCGGUUUGUGUGCAGUUGAUCCUGAGAUCAGCAGCCGCUACAUCAUGAGUUUACCCUUGAAUCCCAAACCCUUUCUCAAUGGUCUCACUGGUAAACCAGUGAUGGUGAAACUAAAGUGGGGAAUGGAAUACAAAGGCUACUUGGUUUCUGUAGAUGGAUACAUGAACAUGCAGCUUGCAAACACAGAAGAAUACAUAGAUGGUGCAUUGUCAGGACACCUUGGUGAAGUUUUAAUACGGUGUAACAAUGUGUUAUAUAUACGUGGUGUAGAAGAGGAGGAAGAAGAUGGAGAGAUGCGAGAAUAAGUUCGGAUUCGCCUUUGGUUUAUAUAUUGAAUGCAGAAAUUGACUAAACUACCUCCAUUUAUUGUGGAGACAUUUUUUACUACUUUAUUUUUGUUUACUGAAGUCUUUUGUUGUGUUAAAAAUAAACUGCAUUGUCGUAUUUGUUAA